AUGGGGGAAACAAUGUAUGAAUUUGUAGAAAAAUUUCCAGAAAUGGAGAAUAGAAUUAGAGGUAUAAGUGCGCGUUCAUAUAUGAAUUCUUUGUCUGAAUAUUCUAAAUGUAUAGCAUUUAAUGGAAGUCAUAAUAUGGAACAUGCCAAGGUUGACGAAAUAUGUAAAAAAGCUAUUCCAUAUUUUUCAGAUGUCCUAUAUUCAACGCAUAACAAUUUAUUUAAAGAAGCUUACUUUAAAUACUUCUUUUAUUGGGUAUAUUAUGAAAGGUCAGAUUACAAAAAAAUACGAAAUGUAAUUAAUGAUUUUUAUAAGUUAUUACUGGACAUAUAUAAACACCAACUCCCUGAUUUAAAUCAUAAUAAUAAUGGAACUUUUAUCAAUGUAGAGCUCGAGGAGCUCAAUAACAUAUAUAGUGUGUAUAAAUGUUAUAAUAAUAUAGAAUUUAUGGAUGGAACUAAUAGAGACGGGGUAUUUUGUAAAGCAGUAUUAGAUAUUCCAAAAAAAUAUAAAACACAAAUAUUCACUGAAAUUAAAGAAAACAGUACAUCCCAAAUAGUGUCGUAUUGUCCUAAUAAUAUUGCAUUUCCUAUAAUAAUUACAAUUCUUUUAGUAUUUACUAUAUCCUUCAUUGCUUUUAUUAUGUAUAAGUUUACACCCUAUAGGUCAAUGUUUAGUAAUGGAAUAAAUAAUAUAAGAAAAAAAAGGAAUAAUAUUGAAAAUGAAUGGAAUGUAUUUCAACUAUCUGAAAUAUCUAACAAUGUAUUAAGUGACAGCCGAUACAAUGUAUUAUAUAACUCUGAAUAA